AUGAUAUGGAAUGAGGAAGUCGUAGUCUCGAAAGCGAAAUUGACUGAACUUUUGACCAAAUACUGCCAUGAUCACUUGACUCGAGCUCUUUUUCUCCUUUCAAUAUAUGAUCAGGGCGCAUGUACGGCUUCUGAAGCGACAUCAUUCUUGUCCCGUCAUUUCGUCUUUCUGAUUUCACCUCCCACUUUGCUUUCAUUUUUCCUUUCCCUCGCUGACUUCUACCCACAUCUCCUCAUCAAAUGCCUUCUUCAAAAGCGAAACCACCCAGACUCCUUCCAUAUCCAUACUCUUGAAGAAGAAGCCAAGAAGUAUGUCCUUGACACUGCUGUGACCGCUUAUCACAAUUGUGGUACCGCUGCAAUGUUACCAAAAGAAAAAGGGGGUGUUAUAAAUGAUAAGCUGAUGGUUCACGGUACGAGCAAUUUACGCAUGGUUGAUGCAAGUAUCUUUCCACUAAUCCCACGUGGGAACAUCCAAUCCUCGGUGUAUGCUGUAGUGGAGAAGGCUGCAGAUAUCAUCAAAGGUGUUUGA